AUGGGAGGGCAGUCCUGGAGCCCCGGGGCCCCUGGUGGAAGUGGCUCUCCUGGACCGCUGGGAGACCAGGGACCACCUGGCUCUGCUGGUACCAAAGGAGACAAGGGUGAACGGGGAGACCUGCAGUCUCAAGCUACCGUCAGGGCCUUAGCACGCCAAGUGUGUGAGCAACUGAUUCAGAGUCACCUGUCUCGCUACAGCUCCAUCCUGAACCAGAUCCCCAGCCAGUCAGUGUCUGUGAGGACAGUACCGGGACCUCCAGGAGAGCCCGGUCGCAGGGGUCUGCCAGGGCCACAGGGAGAGGGGGGCCCCACAGGCAGACCAGGGUUCCCUGGGACCAACGGACAGGAUGGACGACCGGGGGAGAGAGGUCUCCCAGGAGAGAAGGGGGAGAGGGGAGUCAAGGUGUGGGGACACAGGGCCCCAGAGGUCCCCCAGGACCACCAGGUCUUCUAGGGGAGGGGCGUACAGGCAGCCAAGGCCCCGCCGGUAGACCAGGCAGCCAGGGUACCCCAGGGCGACCAGGCACCCCUGGAUCCACGGGCCCUGCUGGUGCUGCUGGGUACUGCGACCAGAACUCCUGUUUGGGCUACAACGUUGGAGGAGGACAGGAACAGGAAUAUGAGAAUGACUACUGAGCAACAUUCUCUUAGUUCCAGACACCCUCUCCUCUCCUACCUCCCUCCCUCUCCUCUCCCAUCAUAAAGAGACCAUCAGAUACCCUCUCCUACCUUCCUCCCUCCCCUCCUCCCUUCUGCCGCACAAAAAUAGACCAUCAGACACACACUCCUCCCUCCCCUCCUCCCUUCCUACCUCCCUCGCUUCCUUCUGCCGCACAAAAAUAGACCAUCAGACACUGUCUCCUCCCUCCCCUCCUCCCUCCCAUCUUCCUCAUAAAAAGAGUCCAUCAGCCACCCUCUCCUCUCCCCUCAUAAAGAGUCCAUCAGCCACCCUCUCCUCUCCACUCCCCUCAUAAAGAGACCAUCAGCCACCCUCUCCCCUCCUCUCCCUCAUAAAGAGACCAUCAGCCACUCUCUCUCAUAAAGGACCAUCAGCCACCCUCUCCUCUCCUCAUAAAGAGACCAUCAGCCACCCUCUCCUCUCCUCUCAUAAAGAGACCAUCAGCCACCCUCUC